UUAUAGAGUGUUCGGGUGAAUUCUUCAGACGUCAGUAGUAGACGUCAACCUGUAACACGACAACGUCGACAUACUGACACAGACGUCGAAGUGUCUGCGUCAUGCAGCAGUCACACGCAGUGAGACUCUUUGGUAGGAUCAACCUGCGGGACUUCUGGCAGUGGUUGGAUGAAGAGCCGCAGCUCCACGAUGAAGCAGCAUACGGAUAUCUUUUCUGAACGGGCCCAUCAUCCCAGUAACAGCAACAGUUUACCUGUCGAUAGCAUGGAGCCAAGACUGGUUCAAGGCUAUCGAAUGGUUUAUGCACCUUGUCAAGAGGCUGAAAACUGAAGACAAGAAAGAAUACAACCAGGACAGCAUCAGAGAGGCGCUGGCAGGCAUGCCGGUGUUGGACGAGCUCUCUGAGAGCACAGAAGUGGUGGAGAUGGAGGAUGUGAAUUCAGCCCCCUUCCAGGUGCAAAAGCACACGUGGGCAGAUCUGCGAAAAAUCAUUCACGGGAGCCGCAAGAACACGAGCUUGCUCGUCAGCAAGGCACCACAUGAAUUCCACUUUGUACAGAAGGACGAGGCCAGUCCACAUUCCCACCGCAUCUACUUCCUUGGCAUGCCAUACCCCAGGAGGGAAAACUCAUUACUCUACUCCGACAUUCCCAGGAAGAUACGCAAAGAAGCCCUUCUUAUUUUGUCAUGGAAGCAUAUUCUGGAUCACUUUAAGACCAGCCCUUGCAACAAGACCAUCUCUCGGGAGGAGGAGCUUCUGCGAGAGAGGAAGCGCUUGGGGGUGUCUGGCAUCACAUCCUAUGACUACCACCCAUCCAGGGGCCUCUUUCUGUUCCAGGCCAACAAUAGUCUGUACUGGUGCUUUGAUGGUUUGAAUAAUGAUGCCAACAAGAUUCCCAUGGAUCCUUUUGAGAUAAGGAGCCAGUGUUCAGGCACGCGCAUGGAUGCCAAAAUCUGCCCCGCUGAUGACGACGUUAUCAGCUUUAUCCACAAUAAUGACAUUUGGGUGACCAACAUCAAGACGAGUGAAGAAAAAAGGCUCACCUUUUGCCAUAAAGGGAGUGCUAAACCAAAUGAGGAUGCCAAAACAGCUGGUGUUGCCUCUUUUGUCACUCAAGAAGAAUUUAAUCGUUUCACGGCAUACUGGUGGUCCCCAAUUGCACAGGAUGAGUCAGAUGGUGGAAAAGCAAUGCAGAUUCUGUAUGAGGAAGUUGAUGAGUCUGAGGUUGACGUCAUCCACGUUCCAUCUCCAGCUCUGGAGGAGUGCAACACCGAUGUGUACCGAUAUCCACGUGCAGGCAGCAAGAAUCCUGCAAUUACCCUGAAAUUACUUCAAAUCAAGACUGAUAAUCUUGGCAAAAUUGUCAGCACGCAGGAAAAAGAGUUGCCUGUGCCCUUCGCCACUUUGUUCCCGGGUGCCGAAUACAUCACUAGAGCUGGGUGGACUAAAGAUGGACGAUAUGCAUGGGCAGCCAUGAUGGACCGACGCCAACAGCAUCUCAAGUUGGUCCUUUUGCCUCCUUUGCUUUUCAUCCCUGUGAACCAGGAGAAGACCACUGGGCCUGAGCGUGUGCAGUGCCUUGAGAGUCUGGGAGACACUGUUCACCCACUCAUCAUUUACCAACAGACCAGUGACAUCUGGAUUAAUGUCCAUGAUAUCUUCCAUCCAUUCAUCCAAAGCAGUGAUGAGGAGUUUACAUUCAUCACAGUAAACGAGUCCAAAACAGGGUUUUGCCACCUGUACAAGGUCACCGCACUGUUAGAGCGCGGCAGUUACAACUGGAACAAAGGCUACACACACUCUGAAGAUAAUUUCAAGUGUCCAAUCAAGGAGGAGGUGGCACUAACCAUUGGAGAGUGGGAGGUGUUGGCCACUCAAGGCGCAAAGCGGUCAUCCAAUCCUCAGAUUUGGGUGGAUGAGAGAGAAAAGCUCGUAUACUUCCAGGGAACCAAAGACUCACCUCUGGAGCAUCACUUGUAUGUCGUGAGCUACGAGUCUCCGGGAGAAAUUGUGCGACUCACCAAGCCUGGUUUCUCCCACAGCUGCUCUGUGAGCCAUACAUUUGACAUGUUUGUGAGCCACUACAGCAGCCUGACCAGCACACCCUGUGUGCAUGUCUACAAAUUGAAUACCACUGAUGACAACCCACUGCACAAGGAGCCUGAGUUCUGGGCAAGUCUGAUGGAGCCCUCUGGCUUCCCACCCAACUACACUCAUCCUGAGAUCUUCAGCUUCUUAGGGAAGUCUGGCUUCCAGAUUUAUGGCCUCCUGUACAAACCAGACAACUUGGUCCCAGGGAGGAAAUAUCCCACUGUUGUCUUUGUCUACGGUGGCCCUCAGGUCCAGUUGGUCAAUAACUCGUAUAAAGGUGUGAAGUACCAGCAGCUAAGCAUACUGGCAACCCUUGGUUACGCUGUGCUCAUCAUCGAUGGGCGGGGCUCCUGUCAGCGAGGACUCAAGUUUGAAGGAGCUGUGAAGGACAAAAUGGGUCAGGUGGAGAUCGAAGACCAGGUGGAAGGUUUACACUACGUAGCAGACAAGUACAAGUUUGUGGACUUGAAUCGAGUUGCCAUUCAUGGGUGGUCAUAUGGAGGCUUCCUCUCACUCAUGGGACUCAUUCAUAGACCCGAUAUCUUCAAGGUUGCCAUCGCAGGUGCGCCAGUGACUUUGUGGAUGGCUUAUGACACUGGUUACACGGAGCGAUACUUGGACACCCCCGAAAACAACCAAAAGGGCUACGAGGCCUGCUCUGUUGCACUGCAUGUCAACAAGUUCCCCAAUGAGUGUAUCCCAAUGAACGACACAGCAUUAGGUGUCCAGAGUCUGGAGAACACUACGAGAUCACACUGCUCCACUUCCUCCAGCAGAACCUCUGAUAGGCCUCUCUCUACAAGCACCCUUGACUUCUGCCUGCGCAAUUUUCACUUUGCGGAGUUUCCACCAGGGGGCGACUGCUUUGCAUUCUGGUUUGUUCUUCCAUUAUAUGGAUUUGGUGAGCUGGUCAUUUGUCCUUUAUUUAAUGUCUCAACCAUUGGCAAAGAUGCAUCGUUUACAUUGUGUCUGCAGUCUUCUGCAGUGUCUUGGUUUUCUUUUUUUUGUUCCUAUAUCCAACUUUUAGUAGGUAUUAUAUAAAUAUGUCAUGCAAAUAAAUAUCGAUAGAUUUUUCAGUUAAAAUUUCAAAAACACUUAUCAGCAAACCAACUAAUUGGUGAAAGGAUAACACAUUUGUCCCCCAUUUGUUGUUUGACGUUCUUUAAAGUGGAUGUUACAGUGCAGUUGAGAAGUAAAUGGAAAUGGAAGAUACAUGAGUCCUUUACCUCUGUCCUGUUAUUGGUCAGUAGGAACAUCUAUGAUAUUUUAAUCAAUUUCCAUAACCAUAUUGUAACCCGGCAGUAGUUUUUGUUAUUGUUUAAAAUCAUUACUGUAUUGCCUAAGAUUAUUUCACAGGCGAUUGAAUCAUAAAAGACACAUAUGUGUCACAUGUAACAUGCAGUGUGUGUAAAACACGUGCCACUUUUUAAAAUAAUUGCUUUAUAUUGCUUUGUAUUUGUGCCUGAUGCCCAUAAACUGUAAAUACAUUCACUGGCUUUGUUAUUAUGGGGAUUUAUACUAAACUCCAGAUGGUUUUUUUCAAAAUAUUUUGCUGAAUGUUUAAAUAAAGCUAUAAAAUAUGUGCACAUGUAAGAGUGUUACAAAAAAUAAUACAUGUCAAAAUAUUUUUUUGUCAUUGUUUCUGUCCUUUUAAUGCAGUGUUAUUUUUGGGAAAAGAAAAUCAGAGAUGUCCAAAGCUCAUUUUUAAUUAGUCCUUGGCAUAUUCUAAAAAUGCAAUUUCU